CAUGCCGUCGCAAAGCGGAAGUGCCGUGCUUGACGGCCGCCGGCUCCCGGAAGGUCAGCGUGUGAAGGAGGCAGAAGUAACGCGGGUUUCCCCGCUGCUGCCUGGGAGCAACGGCCGAGCUCUGUCCCUCGGCCUGAGGCGGCGGCGGGAGACGGGCCGAAGUUUGCUGUGAGACAAUGGAGGGCGGUGGGGGCAGUAGCAACAAAACCACGGGUGGCUUGGCCGGCUUUUUUGGAGCGGGCGGAGCUGGUUACUCGCACGCAGAUUUGGCCGGAGUCCCGCUAACUGGUAUGAACCCUUUGUCUCCUUAUUUAAAUGUGGAUCCACGAUAUCUUGUGCAGGAUACAGAUGAGUUUAUUUUACCGACUGGAGCUAAUAAAACGCGGGGCAGGUUUGAACUGGCCUUCUUUACAAUUGGAGGAUGUUGCAUGACUGGGGCUGCAUUUGGGGCAAUGAAUGGCCUUCGGCUAGGAUUGAAGGAAACCCAGAACAUGGCCUGGUCCAAACCAAGAAAUGUACAGAUUUUGAAUAUGGUGACUAGGCAAGGGGCACUGUGGGCCAAUACUCUAGGUUCUCUGGCUUUGCUCUAUAGUGCAUUUGGUGUUAUCAUUGAGAAAACACGAGGUGCAGAAGACGACCUGAACACAGUGGCAGCUGGAACCAUGACAGGCAUGUUAUAUAAAUGUACAGGUGGGCUUCGAGGAGUCGCACGAGGGGGUCUAGCAGGCCUGACACUUACCAGCCUAUAUGCACUGUAUAACAACUGGGAGCACAUGAAAGGCUCCUUGCUCCACCAGUCACUCUGAAGAUUUUGCCAACUCAUGGAAGAUACUUGUAGUAGUCAUCCAUCUAAAGUCAUUCUGGAUUUAUUUUCUCCUGCUAGAAUUCGUUUGAAAAAUUG